ACUUUACCUUUCUUGAACACACUUCACCGAUCAUAUGUGAAGUACCUACCGAAGUAGCCUUUUGAAAAAUUAUGUCGGAUCCUUGUUCAUUCUCGCGGCCCGAAGAGUGUCUUUGCACUAAUAUUACGUGGAAUGUAAGCGUCGACUUUGCCUCCAAAGUGCUUGUCUGCGAUGUGGAGUUAGACUUUUUGGUGAAAAAGGACAAUGUCGCGAGUUUGGUUCUUGAUACCAGGGAUUUGAAUGUACAAAGUGUUGCUGUCAGACCAUCGAAUGAUCAAUUGACCUUUUCUCUUGGGAGCAAGCACAAGGCUUUUGGAAGUCCUUUGAAAAUCUCACUUCCUCCAGGAUUAAAGAGUGGCGCCAGGUUGUCAAUUGCAAUUAGUUACAGGACUUCUCCAGAUGCUUCAGCUUUGCAGUGGCUGACUCCUGAGCAAACAUCAGGGAAAAAGCAUCCUUACAUGUUUACACAAUGUCAGGCCAUACAUGCCAGAAGUAUCAUUCCCUGCCAGGACUCUCCAGGUGUGAAGGCAACAUAUUCUGCAAAGGUGUCUGUGCCAAAAGUUCUGGUGGCUCUCAUGAGUGCUGCAAGAACUGGCAGUGAACUGGACCACCAGAAACAAGACUUAAUGACCUAUCAGUUUGAGCAAAAGGUUGCAAUUCCUAGUUACUUGAUAGCACUAGUUGUUGGUGCUUUAAAGGGAAGGCAAGUAGGCCCCCGUUCUCAUGUGUGGACUGAGCAAGAGAUGGUAGAGGAGUGUGCAUAUGAAUUUGCUGAGAUGGAGCAGAUGAUAUCUGCGGCGGAAUCACUGGUUGGCGAGUAUGUAUGGGGACCUUACGACCUUCUCAUACUGCCUCCGUCAUUCCCAUACGGCGGCAUGGAAAACCCAUGUCUAACCUUCGUGACCCCAACGUUACUUGCCGGAGAUCGGUCCUUGACAGGUGUUGUUGCUCAUGAAAUCAGUCACAGUUGGACUGGGAAUCUCGUCACUAACAGCACUUGGGAACAUUUUUGGCUUAACGAGGGGUUCACUGUCUUCUUGGAAAGAAAGAUCAUUGGACGAAUGAAAGGAGAACAGAUGAGACAGUUUGGAUUCAUAGGUGGAUGGAAAACUCUCAUGGACGCCGUGUCAAAGUUUGCCGAUAACAUGUCCCUUACCAAGCUGGUAGUAUCUCUCAAAGAUACUGACCCUGACGACGCAUUUAGUAGUGUGCCUUACGAGAAAGGGUCCUGUUUCCUUGUCUAUCUGGAGCAGCUUCUUGGUGGACCCGAGGUGUUUGAGCCUUUCUUCCGCAAGUAUAUCGACACAUACAAAUACAAAACCUGCACGACAGACGAGUGGAAGACAUUCCUGUUCGACUAUUUUAAAGAUAAGACUAAUAUACUUGAGACUGUUGAUUGGGAAGCGUGGUUGCGAAAGCCUGGUAUGCCGCCAGUCAAUAUGAUUGAAAGAUAUGACUCAUCGUUAGCAGACGCUUGCAUAAGCCUGUGCCAAAAGUGGAUUAAUGCGAGCGAGAAGGAGUUGAAUUCGUUUUCCUCACAAGACAUCGCUUCCUUCACAUCACCCCAAAAAGUGGAAUUUCUAGCACAACUUUUAGCAAAGACAUCGAGCUCGCCGCUUUCAGUAGCUCAUUUGCAGGCCAUGCAGAACGCGUACCAGUUCAACUCGUACAAGAACUCUGAGAUCAAGUUCAGAUGGCUACGCCUUUGCGUGCGAAGUGGUUGGGCCGAUGCGUUCCAGCCAACGGUGGACUUCUUGUUGAGUCAAGGAAGAAUGAAGUUUACCCGUCCCCUUUACGAGGAGUUAUUCAAAUGCGAGAAGUCAAAAGAUCUCGCCGUGACGACAUUCAAGAAGCACCGGGCAUUCUACCACCCUAUAUGCUCAGCUAUGGUGGCCAAGGACCUCGGCAUCGAUUAGAAUAAAUCAAUUUUCAAAAGACAAAUGUGUAGUACUAAUAAAACUAUUUGAUCAUGA